GGAGUAUGUGGUGGUUCCAGAGGGGGGUAUGUGCUCUCCCUGCAGCCCUGGUCGCCUGGUCCUCGGCCACCUUCGUCCUCAGCUAUGUCACCGCUGUGCUGCUGGGCCACGUCGACCUACUAAUGCCCUACAUCAGGUACUGGACCAGGGCCUGCCAACCUGUGUGUGAGAGAGUAUAGGGCAAAUCCUAACUUCCACUUAGUCAUGCAUUGACAUCAAUGCAUGACUAAGUGAAAAAUCAACAUAAAUUGAAGUUAGGAUUCGCUCCUAUGAGAGGAAGAUGAGAUUCUUUUGGACGGUGCACUUCUGGUUUGUGCUAUAAGUAAUUACAGGACAAUUCCAAUAGCUUUCAUUUCCAAAAGGUUAGAAAAAUGCAAAAACAAGUUGGCCUAGUAACCGAAUGGUUGCUGGUUCAAAUCCCUGAGCCGACUAGGUGAUACUUUUGACAAUAUGCCCUUGAACAAGGCACUUACCCCUAAUUACUCCUGUAAAUCGCUCUGGAUAAGAGCCUCUGCUAAAUGACUGUUAAAGACAAAUGACUAAUGUUAAAGACUAACAGUGUUAGACUCAGACAUCAGAUUAUGAUGGAGGAUGUGGUUAAACGGUUAGUAUUCUUUGAGUACACAACAGGAAACUGACAUUUCUUUCUGGCUUGUUUCAACAGUAUUUGCCAGAUGUUUGUGACGCAAUUGCCCUUUUGGUCCUGUGUAUAACAGAGGUGAUUGUGGUGUAUGGGUGGGUGUGUUUCCUUACAGUGACGCCAGUGCCGUGGUUCCCGAACGCUGCGUCUUUGGGUUCAUGCUGAGUGUCUCUUCCUUUUUAGGUAAAACAAAAUGGACACACCAUAUCAGGUAUAAUAGUUAAGUGGUCCCAAAAUAAAAGGGGAAUGCAAACUCCUCUCACUAGAAUUUAGUGGCUGAAAAUAUUAAAGUGGGUGACAGUUUACAGGAUGGAUAGUUUGUCUCCUCUGUGACCUAGUUCAACACACCGCACGAUCACUGACUUGAUUCUAUUCCAGGUUAAAAACUUCCAGGGAAAUGUCAUGGUUGAGAAAGAGUGCCUUUGAAUGUCAGCCAAUGAAAUGACUGCUACAUACAAAUCUAGUUUCAUGGAUGUUAUUUGUGAAGCAAAAAGUAUGUGUUGGCCCCUUUAGACCUAGCAGGGGAUUGUGGAGGAAUUAGUGUGAUCUAUGUGGCUUCAUUGUUUCUCUACAGUUAAGUUAGUUAAGCGGGUAUUUUUGUCAGUGGUUCACACGUGAAAGACCAAGUAAAUCUCACAUAAAAGUUCAUAUUCUGUUAACUCCUACCCAAAUAAUGUUGUUGAAUCACCCUCUACUCGUAUUUGUGGUCAAAAUUAAAUAGGAGAAAAAACAAACUCCACCUCAAACUUGUAUCUCAAACAGACAGUUUAAAAAAUGCUUGCCAUUUCCUCAUAGAGGAUGGAUGAGCUGGCCAAUCAGCGGACUACUUGCAUGAAUAUUUUUCAUGACUCUUAUACGCCCACCACAUUCUGUUGUUGGGGUACGCCCACACCAUUCCAACACACAAAAUCUGCUUCUUAACAUACUUAAAGAUUCGGUACAAAACCAAAAAGUAAAAGACGCAAAAACUUAAGAACGGGAAGCAUAGAAAUAGCGCACAUAGAACAUAUCUAUUUCUUCUUAGACUUGCUUUCGAUGGGUGACAGAUCUAUAACACACAUUUCUAUGUGAAUUUGGUCAGGUCACCCAAAAAGUAACAUAUUGCAGUUUACCAUUUUUAGGAAGGAAAACUAUUUCACUCAUUGUAAUUAAUUAUAGGUAAUAUUUCAUAGAAAUCUGGAAACACUGGACAGUUUUAAAACACACACUUCCCAUUAAUCUUGUGUCCAUCCCUUUGUGGUUGACCCUGCAGGUGUAGCCACUGUCUAUGUGCGAUACAAGCAGGUCCAUGCUCUGGCACUAGGUGGCGAGCUUAAACUGCAUCGACUUAACUGUGCUGGCCUGGUCCUGGGGAUCAUGAGCUCAGUCGGCAUGUGCGUCGUCGCCAACUUCCAGGUACAUACAGCAUUGCCCACCCCACUUUUCCAUUAUAACUAUCCUCUUAUAUAAAUACCCAAUACCUAUCAAACUCGAUUUGGAAUCGGACGAAAGCUCCAGAUGUGAGUGUUGAGAAGGAGCACACACAUUUCAGUGUUCUCAACUCCUCAACUUUCUCUGAAUGAUGAUGGGCACAUCACCUUUGCCCCCUCCCCUUCCUUCUUUCUCACCUCUUGAGUCAAAUACCCUGGAUUUUCUUCCUUCUGGAACAUGUGAAAGUUUGGGUCGGGUAUGAAAUGCAUUGUCACCGCUGCCCUUUUGCAGAAAACCACCAUCAUGUCAGUGCAUCUGCUGGGGGCGGGGCUGACCUUUGGCUGCGGGGCGCUCUACAUCCUGGUUCAGACGGGGGUGUCAUACCACAUGCAGCCUCGCUUCCACGGCCGGGACAUCCUAUGGGCGCGCACCGCCGUGGGGCUGUGGACAAUGGCCAGCGUCAUCAUCGGUAUCCUUCACCAUACCAGUCUGACUCUCUGGCGCACACACAGAGCAGUGUACAAAGGAAAGUUGCAGACAUUGACACAUUAGAAGGGGACAUAACAGUGGGAACUGAAUGGAUUUCUGUUGAAAACGACCAUGGAAAAGCAUUGCAUUUUGGGAACAUCUGGACCACCUGCAGGGCCAGUUACCCGGGCUCAUAUUAAGCCUACUCCUGGACUAAAAAGCAUGCUCAUUGGUUUGGGGAAACCGACUCAGUCCUAGUUUAAAAUCUGAUACUAUAUUGAUGAAGUGUUAUGUCUGUCCCUCAAUAGUAUGACUACAUCUUCCACUGCUGCAGUUCUAGCCCUUGACUCUUUCGCCCUCUCUCUCUCUCAGCGUUUGUGUCGUCAGCCAUUCUGUAUGAUAACCUACCAGACGUGAACAGGAAAAUACGCUGGAGACCAGGGGACACGGUGGGCAAACAUCAGGGUCCUCUACUCUGUGAUCCUACUAAAUACUAGAAGAUUGUAAAUAGUGGCAAUAGUUUGUUCUAUGUAGUGAUUGUUGUCCAGCACACAAGUACAAUGUGAAGUACGUACAAAUACAUAAGUACGUAGGAAUGCUACUUCCUACUAAAUACUAGAACAUGGAAAUCCUUUACUUGUUAAUAUAUUGUCUGUAAUAUGGCUUUGUCCCAUAUAAUUUCCAUAACAAUGCAUAUUAUAUUGGUUGGUAUUUUACUAAUUGAACUUAAAGGUAAUAUAAGAGACUAUGAUUUAUGUUUGAGUUUGUUUCUAAUGGUUUCUUCUGGGGUCAAUGGUGCCAUACCUUGCAGGGUUACACAGCCCAUCUGGUCAGUGCCGUGGCUGAGUGGUCUCUGGCCUUCUCCUUUAUCUGCUUCUUCCUCACUUACAUCCGAGACUUCCAGGUACGGUCUUCCUGCUAUCCCUUCUCUCUCUGCUCACAACCAAUGGCAAAGCAAAAUACACAACACUUACCAUUGCAAGACUUCAUUCUCCGAUCUGUUUUGCAUAACAAAUGUAGAAAGGUUACAUUUGUAUGAGUAGAGCUGAAUGUGAUACAUUUAUGUAUGAAAAUGUAUGCACUCAUUAACUGUAAGUCGCUCUGGAUAAGAGCGUCUGCUAAAUGACUAAAAUGUAAAUGUAAUGUUAUAGCUCAUUCUCAGUUGUUUCAUCAACCAAGGAAGAUGGAUUGAAUGGCCUCUCACCAUAGAGGUCUCAGGUGCAUUCAUGUUCUUUGCUCCCCAGAAAAUUCAGUUGCGGGUGCAGGUUGUCAUGCAGAGUAAUCACCUGUACGACUACACCCAUUAUGACGUGAGGGAGCAUAUCCACCAUGGAGAGCACUCGCCACUGCUGGCUGGGAGCAUC